AUGUGCCCUUCGUGCGAGCCUGAAGCUAUCGCCAAUGGCAACGGCCAGGCCAAUGGAUCUUCCAAUGGAGCCAAUGAAGCUGCAAACGGUGUUGACGCUCACCCAGGCUUCACCGCCGUCGAGACCAAGUCAAACCCCCACCCCACGCGACACAACCCAUACCAACCCGUUGGCGAUUUCCUGAGCAAUGUAUCGAGCUUCAAGAUCAUCGAGAGUACGCUGCGAGAGGGUGAACAGUUCGCCAAUGCGUUCUUCGACACCGAGAAGAAGAUUGAGAUAGCCAAGGCCCUGGACGAUUUUGGUGUUGACUACAUCGAAUUGACUUCGCCAGCUGCAUCCGAGCAAUCAAGAGCUGAUUGCGAGGCCAUCUGCAAGCUUGGAUUGAAGGCUAAGAUUCUCACCCACAUCCGAUGCCAUAUGGACGAUGCCAGAAUUGCUGUCCAAACUGGUGUCGAUGGAGUUGACGUCGUUAUCGGCACUUCUUCUUAUCUUAUGGAGCACUCCCACGGCAAGGACAUGACCUACAUCACCAACACUGCAAUUGAGGUUAUCAACUACGUCAAGUCGCACAACAUCGAAAUCCGAUUUUCCAGCGAGGAUUCCUUCAGAUCGAGCUUGGUUGACCUUCUUUCAAUUUACUCCACAGUCGACAAGAUCGGUGUAAACCGUGUUGGUAUUGCGGAUACCGUUGGAUGCGCAUCUCCAAGACAAGUUUAUGACCUGAUCCGAACUCUGCGAGGUGUUGUCAGUUGCGAUAUUGAGACCCAUUUCCACAAUGACACUGGUUGUGCAAUUGCCAAUGCCUAUUGCGCUUUGGAGGCUGGUGCAACCCACGUCGAUACCUCAGUCCUGGGUAUUGGUGAGCGAAAUGGUAUCACUCCCCUCGGUGGACUCAUGGCGCGCAUGAUUGUUGCAGACAGAGAGUAUGUUAUGGGCAAGUACAAGCUGCACAAGCUCAAGGAUAUCGAGGAGCUGGUUGCACAGGCUGUUGAGGUCAACAUUCCCUUCAACAACCCCAUCACCGGAUUCUGUGCUUUCACCCACAAGGCCGGUAUCCACGCCAAGGCAAUCCUCAACAACCCAUCUACAUACGAAAUUAUCAACCCAGCUGAUUUCGGCAUGUCGAGAUACGUUCACUUCGCUUCCCGUCUGACCGGAUGGAACGCCAUCAAGUCAAGAGCAACCCAAUUGAACAUCGAGAUGACCGAUGCUCAGUACAAGGAGUGCACAGCCAAGAUCAAGGCAUUAGCCGACAUCAGACCCAUCGCAAUCGACGAUGCCGAUUCGAUUAUCCGUGCAUUCCACCGUGGCUUGAAGAUUGGCAAGCAGGUAGAUCUCCUCCCUAACAUGACCGACGAGGAGAAGGCAAUGCUGGCCGAGAAGGAGAGAGAGAUCGACGUCCCCGAGAAGAGAGCACUUGAUGCUGAGGCCGAGCUGCCUACCGGCAAGAAGGCAAGAAAUGGCGUUUCAGCAUAA